AUGUGUGGAUCAAAGGUGACCUACUGGAAGGAGGGCUCUAUGGACAGCUUGUAUGAGGCGGUGCAGGACUCAUGUGAGGCUCAGGUUUACACCAUCCCCAGUCGGUCCUGCAGCCCAGCGGUUCUCCUAGAGGACAACACCAAACGAAGGAGUGCAGGACGUUCCAGCUCUAUGGAAAUGUCGCAAAUCAACUCAGACAACAGAAAAAAGAAACAAAGAUCUCUACCAAAAUCUGUUUCUGAAAAUGACACUUCAGAUAAUACACUCGCCACUAAUUCUGUCUGGCCGGCUGCCAAAAAGCAGGAAGAUUUAGUCCUCCUGAGGAACAAUCAGAAUGAAGAUCUGAUGAGAGCUGUAAAAAGGACAGAAAACCAGACAAUGGCAAACACAAAGAUCAUCGAAAGAAACCCACAGCAAGAGAUCCAGCCCAUCCAGGUUGUCUAUUAUGAAGGGUGUAAGCCAAACCUUGAUGGGUUAAGCAGCAGGCAGAAUGGCAUGACGGACAGAGUAAAUGAAGAGAUGUCACAGCCAAGAGGCACCAGGGUGAAAAAAAUAGAAAGGAAAAGUAGUCAAAGAGGAACUCCAACACAAGAGACAACAGAUCCUAGUAAAGGUGCCAAAGUAACGAUUCCUGAAGUUGGGAUGUGGUCACAUAAACCGGAUAUAUCUUGUACCUCUGAGGGUUUGAGGGUCAAAGAAAUUGCAGCAUCCAGCAGAAAUCGCUGGAGUAACCCCACCGAAAGCACCUGGGUUCAAGCCUACAACCCCUGUCAGCCUCAACUCAGUGAACAUCGCAUCCACACCUGUGACUGCACUGCAUCCAGAAACUCAAGUCAAAAUGACAAAAUCAAUGGCCAUAAUAUGAAGAGAGACUCCUUGCCUAAAGGAAUGAUGCGCUCUACGACCAGUGUAGACUUCUGUGCCUCUAAACGAUCCACAAGUUUUGGAAGAUUUGACACAUUCAGAAAUCAAAACUCUCCUUCCAGACUUGAGGAAAAUGGCCCACCUGAGACAGGAGACUCAGCUGCAGACAUCAGUGAGAAACCAGGAAGUCUGGGAAAAAAGAUGAAGGCCAUCUCAAUGACGAUGCGUAAAAGAAUGGGCAAGAAACACGUCAAAUCCUACUCUGAAGACAUGGCUGAUGACACUGAGGGAGAAAUAGAGAAUGGAUCUGCAGUGGAGAAGAGCUCGGACCGCACCAGCAACUCUUUAGAAAGCCUCUACAGUGGACAGAGCUCAUCCAGCUCAGGUGGUGUGGCGAGCAGUUCAGAUGGAUCCAGUAACAGAGACAGCCUGAAACUGGAGGAGGAAGCGCUCUAUACGGGACAGUUCUGUGGGCGAGCCAAAGUACAUACAGACUUUGUCCCCAGCCCAUACGAUACAGAUUCCCUCAAACUGAAGGUGGGAGACAUCAUCAGCAUCAUAAGUAAACCACCGAUGGGCAUAUGGACAGGCAUGCUCAAUAAUAAAGUGGGGAACUUCAAGUUUAUUUACGUAGAUGUUCUACCUGAGAAAGAGAAGGAUACGGAGGAGGAGAAAGCCCCAAAAAUAAGACCUGUGAAAGUUUGCAAGAAGCCACGACCAAAUACACUGCUGGAGUUAUUAGAACGACUUCAUUUAGAGGAAUAUGCAUCUUCAUUACUCCUGAAUGGCUACCAGACAGUAGACGACCUCAGACAUCUGAAAGAGAGGCAUCUGAUUGAGCUGAAUGUGACUGAUCCUGAACACAGACACAGGCUGCUUGCUGCCUCUGACUGCCUCUACGUCACAAACAAGGAGGAAGAGGGUGAAAUGAAGGGAGAUGAGGAGGAUGAAGAUAAUGACUGUCUCAGAGACUCAGGCUGCUUCAUUCCAGCGGAGUGUCCUGACUGCUGAGGGACUACUCUCUAUACUCUUGAAAAUAAAACUUCAGUAAAACGAAACUAUUUUAGAAGUGAAUCCACAGGAAAAACCUUGUCAACAGUUCUUAAAAGAACUAUUUAUUUCUUAGCAUGAAGCACAUAACAAUAAUUUAAACAACCUUUGUUCACUGUGAAGGACUACUUGUGGAAUAAAAUGGAUAUUAAAGGUUCUUCAGGAAACCAUCCAAAAAGAACAUUUAAUUUAAGAGCGUAACGUCUCUCUGCUGAUAUUACUCAAUGUUAAAGCUACAAACAGACACAUAACUCAGUUCAUGUUUUCUUUUGUCAUAAUCUGUUAUUUUUCAUUUAUAUGUAUGUGUUUUGUAUUUGCACAUUUUGUGUCGAUGUAACACCUUUUCCUAUUUAAUGCAUGUUAUUUGAAUGUGUACCUUACUGUGUGUGUGUGUGGGAGAGAUGUUUUUACUGCUUUUGCAGAUGUUUAUCAAGCCUGAACUG